AUGAAGGCAUCUCCUGCGCUCGUGCUCUACUUGUCAAUCACCGUUCUCCACGCGCUACCGCAACAGCGUCAGCUACGCGUGCGCCCGUCGCCCAGCGACAACCUGCCGGUCCCGGACCUACACGAGGACCCCGACCCGGCGUACGAACCGGGGGACAGUGAUUUAGCGCCUCGGGCGCUGCGGCGGAAACUCGGCAGUGGUUUUGACCCCAUCUACUCCUCCAUCGGUCGACCGGCGACGCCGGGUAACGGGUCCGAAGUUACGCGGGAAGACGAGAUCGGUCUCGCAGGACCGGUGCCUCAGGAAUUUCUGGAGCUUGAUCUCGUGGAGCUCAAAGCGGGACCGAAAACGCAUCGCAUGGUUCGGCGGUGGUUGUGGGGGUACACCCGGUGCCCGGUGCUGUCGGCGUGGAAAGAUCUGGGCGUUCGUUUCUGGCCGCGAUACGUCAAGGAGGGACAUUGCUCGAACGAACGCUCGUGUUCGCUACCGGAGGGGAUGUUUUGUAGACCGGUGGAGUCGGUGAGCGUCGCGCUCCUCCGGUGGCACUGCCAUGGCCGUCGCGCGCUCAAGCGUUGCACGUGGAUCCGCGCGCACUAUCCGGUGAUUUCACAGUGCGGGUGCGCGUGCUGA